UUUGUAAUACUAAUAGAUUAGAACAGUACAUUUUAUCCGUAAAGGCUUAAACCCUGCCUGGAACUGGAGGUUGAGACCGAUAAAUAUAAAAAGACUUUAAAAAGAGUUUUGAAUUUUGUGAGCGGAGAAGAUGAAGAUAAAGAUACAGUGCAACGCCUGCGAGACAGCUGAAGCCACCGUGGUCUGCUGCGCCGACGAGGCGGCGCUCUGCUGCUCGUGCGACCACAAGAUUCACACCGCCAACAAACUGGCCAGCAAGCACCAGCGUGUCCCUCUCUCCUCCUCCUCCUCCACCACGCCCAACUGCGAUAUCUGCCAGGAAACUGUUGGCUAUUUCUUCUGUCUAGAAGAUCGAGCUUUACUCUGUAGGAAAUGUGAUGUUGCAAUACACACAGCAAACUCCUACGUGUCUAGUCACCAAAGGUUUCUGUUAACUGGGGUGAAAGUGGGGCUUGAAGCAACAGAACCCUGUGCGUCUUCUACCAAGGAGAAGUUGAGUUCUGUAGAAAAAGUUUCUGAAGCAAUGCCAUCCCAGCCAAUGUCCAAAAGGGGUGGAAUGGCUUCGUUCACUGGUGAAAGUAAAGAACUUAUGCCCAGACAAUUAAGUGGAAAUGGGACUCUUCCAACAAUCAAGGCACCAUUAGCUGGAGGAGGUACCAUUCCUGGGGGUGUCCCAGAGUGGUGCGUAGAUGAAUAUCUUGGAUUGACAGGUUUUAGUCAGAAUUAUGGGGCUAUGGACUGCGUAUAAUCCAGGACGCCCUAGACAUUUUGAGGUCUAAGCUAAAAACUAAAAUAAGACAUUUUUUAUACGUAUUGAUUAAAUUAAUAUUUAUUUAAU